AUGCGUGCGUUUCUCGUGAAAUUAGACUAUGGUCUCCGAGACCUUGCCUACAUGGAAUUGGAACGACGUGCUGCGACAGACGCCGGGUCGAGAAGGUGCGACACGAAUCCGAGUCGAAUGACGAUUUCGUGUUAUUUUGAAAAGUUCGGAUACGCGUGUAUUACUGAGGGGACGCGGGUUCGUCUACAUGUUCAUAAAGAAGAGAACGGGAUGAAAGUUGGAGUGGUUUGUUCGAAGCAAGCCAAUUUGUGGAUGAUUUUCUCCAUCGUUCAGGACGCAAGCGGAGAUUUCGUAUUAACUGUAGUUGAAACAAUCACGCACCGCUUCGGUUUGUAUCUACACGUGAAUAAUUACCUUUUGCCGUCUUAUAAGCAGAGAUCCCAGUGUAUUUUGAGACACGGAGACAUCAUUGAGGGGUUCUUCUCCAAAAUUCGCGUUGUUCCAGUAUGUCGGCAGUUUUUUCGCUUGAUGAAGGAUGGAAGUUGUUGGACGCGUAUCGACUUUUGUUUUGAGAAUGGAGUGGAAUUUCCGCCAUGUGGACACUUGAAAGAAUUCUGCAAUGUUGUGUAUAGGUGUGUUCGGAGGCUUUCAUUGAAGUUCAGAUUCAAAUUUGGCAUGGAAGCUUUUUGGCCCAUGGACAUUUUACAACCAGUAUUUCGUCAUCACGAUUGGAGUAAAUUAAAGGUGCUCCAAGUCCUGAGUUUGAAAACGAACGAAGAUGCAUGGGUUGAAUUUCUCACGAGGAGAGGCAAGACGCUCACGAACCUGGAGAUGCUGUCAGUGGAAACCGUCACUCUCGGGAACUCCCUAUUGAAAGCUUCCGAAUCUGGACACAUCUUGAUGGAGAAACUGUAUCUCAAUCAUUCUAUUCUACCUGGCGUGGAAUAUUUAGUGUCCAAUUUUUCAUUCCACCCGGAUCCGCUUUUGCUGGAGUUUCCUGACUUCGUGGGUCCUGGUGUUCUUUCAAGUCUUCAUACCUAUCAGUUGCCGGUGAAAUUGGAUGCAGCAGGUUGGAAACUUGCUCAGAGAAUGGGAAUUUUGGCAAACCUUGAAUCCCUGAGCAUGAAUGGAAGGAUCUUCAACAAUAUGCCGCCGGUUGACGAGAGAAUAAUUUUUUUCCCGAAG